AUGGGCGAUAACCAAGCUCUGGCGAUAUUGUAUGAUGCUCAGAUUACGCCUAUUCUUGAUAUAAUGGAUAGUGACGAUGGCGACUAUAUUCGCUGCAAAUUUACUAAAUUUGGCAAUGCCUGCCUGAGGCAAAAAUGCUUUACCGAGCUUCAGAAGAAGGUUUGGGCCUGGCCCUCAUACGAGUUCUUUGUGAAGAAGCGCAGUAAUAGACAGGCUGUGAUUAGCGCGCAGCAGGCAGAUAAGCCAUAUGAUGUCUAUUACUGCGCUUCUUCACAAAGAACUCGUAUGAGGGCCAGGCCCAAACCUUCUUCUGAAGCUCGGUAA